AAAUUUUCAAAAUGGGGGUCUUGAAAUCGUUCCAACUCUUGGAAAUUAACAUCAUCUCCGCUCAAGAUUUGGAACCUAUGUCCAAGAAAAUGAAAACCUAUGCGACCGUGUGGGUCCACCCUACACGGAAGCUAACCACCGCGGUUGACAUAGAAGGAGGUAACAACCCAACAUGGAACGACAAAUUUGUGUUUCGUGUGGAUGAGGAGUUUCUCCGUCAAGAUACCUCAGCUGUACAAAUAGAAAUUCAUUGUGGCCAUUGGUUUAAGGAUUCUCUUGUGGGGUCCGUUCGCGUCCUUGUCGGAAACCUCAUCCCUCCUCCGUCUAGGACACACCAUAAUCAUCAUCCUCAUAAUUUUGGCAUGCGUUUUGUUGCACUUCAGGUACGUCGUCCAUCUGGGAGACCUCAAGGGAUAUUGAACAUUGGUGUUGCAUUACUAGAUAGUACCAUGAGAAGUAUGCCAUUGUACACUGAAUUAAACAAGUCAGCUGUUGGAUAUCGCGAUUUGAUGGAAGAAGAACAACUCCCUCAUCACCACCACAACCAGAAAACAAACAACGAAAAAACCAUCACCACCACCACUACUACCAACAACUACAAUAACAACAACAACAACACCAGCACCAAUAAUAACAACGUGACUACUAUAAAACCAAUAUUGUUACGUACAAAGAGUGAACGUAGCGAACGUGUCAAAUUCGACGAUGAUGUACCCAAGUCUAGUGGUUCAAUAGUUGCAAAACCUUCAAAAAAGAAGAAUAAAACACAUAAUUAUGACAAAGAAAGCUCAAUUCUUAGUAUUUCUUUGGAGCCUCCACCACAAAUGUUGGUAAAAAAGAAAGGCAAAGCAAGUUCUAUGGUAAGUGGGCCUAAAGAAGAUAAGCCCAAAAGUAAAAAGGGCAAAACAGGCUCAGUUUUAAGUGAUUCAAUUGUGAGUAAAGAGUCAUCACUUUAUAAUACUGGGCCUAAAGAAGAUAAGCCCAAACUCAAACUUAUAGCUUUAGAGCUUGAGAACAAAGAAAAGCCCACAAAUGAAAAAAAAAUUGAUGAAAAAUCUCUCACAAAGCCCAAAGUUGAUGAGCCCAAAGAGCCCAUAACAGUUAUUGGAAAGCCCAUUCAAAAUUUUCAUGGAUAUGAGUUUGGGGGCCCAAAAGGGGUAGGACACAAUGGAAAAUUUGUAUUUGGAGGCCCAAUUAAGGGAAAUGCUCAUCAUUGGACUGACUCAGAAAUUGGGCCUUCAGCAUCCGAGGUCGCAGCGGCCGUGGCCGAAAAAAAAUACCCGUUGGAUGAUCAAAAGAGCUCAGUGUUGGAUGGUUGGAGUUUGGACGAGAGCGUUGAGGGGCUCAGGUCCAAACUCGAGAGGUGGAGGACGGAGGUACCACCAGUGUACGACCGGGGACAUGCCUCGAGCAGCUACCAUUCGACCGGUCGUCACGGGAGGAGGCAUGCACGUGGCUCGAGUGGAUUGUUUUCUUGUUUUGGUAACAUAAUGGGAUAUGAAUGCCAAUGCAUUUGUGGUAAGCCUCAAAAGAAAUAUAACACAAGGUUCUAUAGCCCAUCAGUUGGCAGCAGAUCAUUGUUUUGAAAAAAGCCCAAGCCCAGGUUAUAAUUUUUUUAAGGCCCAAGUGGAAUAA